GGUACACUAACGCAGUACCCGUCUAGUGGUUGCCUGAACUACUUGUAAAUAGUUUACGGCGGCGCAGGAGACACUUGUCAGCUGAAAAUGAGUUUAGUUCAACUGCCCAUCACAUAUUGCCAUCCCAAGCCGAGUCAUGUCUCUCUUCAAGGCGCGAGACUGGUGGUCUCACACCAUUGGCGCAGAGGACGGCUUUGAUGGAGGCAGCUUGUGUGUGGCCAAUAUUGACAACAGCUCCACACACCUCGAUAAAGUGAUUGUUGGUGGUUUUAAUGGCGUGCUGCGAAUUUACCAGCCACGAGGCUCUCAAGGCGAGGCCAACAAGGCGGCUGCCGUCCUCUUGGAGAUGCAGCUGUCACAGCCAAUACUGCAGGUGGAGGCUGGCCGAUUUGUGUCUGUCUCAGAGAAUCUUCACCUUGCAGUACUGCAUCCACGGAAACUGACUAUCUACAGUGUUUCAGGAACAGCAGGCGCUGUGGAACAUGGCAGUCAGUAUCAGAUGAAGAUGGUCUAUGAGCACAACCUGCAGAGGACAGCAUUCAAUCUGGUAGUUGGCCCCUUUGGCAGUGUCAAAGGCAAAGAUUUCAUGUGUGUGCAGUCCAUGGAUGGCACCGUCUCCUUCUUUGAACAGGAGAGCUUCUCCUUCAGUCGUUUCUUGCCAGGAUUCCUCCUGCCUGGACCCCUCAAGUACAUCCCCCGCACCGACUCCUUCAUCACUGUCUCCUCCAGCUGGCAGGUGGAAAGCUACAAAUACCAGGUGCUCGCCGUGGCAACGGACGCGAAGACGAAAGAGGAGUCGCAGAAGAUAACGUCCGGGAAGCGAAUAACUAUGGACUGGUCUUACAAUCUUGGAGAAGCAGCCCUGGAUAUUUUUGUGACUGUUUCAACACAAGGGGCCACAUCUAUCUUGAUACUUGGUGAGAGGUCAGUGAUUUGUCUGAAGGACACUGGGGCUUUCAAAUUUAUGAAGAAGUUGGAAUACACUCCAAGUUGUUUAUUCCCACAUGGAACGUCUUCGGAUACCAGCAUCACAUACAUGGUAGCCACUCACACAGGUCAGCUGAUGAUCUACCAGGACACAACUCUGAAGUGGGCAGCCAAGUUGGAAUAUGUACCAGUGUCGAUACGAGUGGGCCAGUUUCAAGAUCUGAAGGGAGUGAUAACGAGCAUUGAUGACCAAGGCCAUCUGGUCUGCUCUUACCUGGGCACUGACCCAUCGCUGUUUGUCACGCCAUCCACAGACUCUAGGGAAAUCAACUACGAGGAGCAAGACUUGGAAAUGAGGAAACUGCAGCGGGUUAUCAAAGAGUCUGCCUCCAAGCAAGAUUUUAGGCCCAAAAAGACAGCUGAUGAAGACCUCCAGAUUGAGGUUACCGUGCCGCCCAAUCUAGACAGCACAUCGGUGUACAAGUAUUUUACAGAGGGAGUGAGGAGUGCCACAGAGACAGAAGUUGAGGAUGAAGAUCCCAUCCCGUCAAUUACCGUCAAGUUGGUCUUGAAGACCAGCGUCAGUCUGCCCAAUGUGCGUCUGCUGAUCCACUGUCCUUACCCAAUCUCACCCAACCAGAGCACCUUCACGUUCCCCUUCAUUGGGGAUUCCUCUGCUCCUACCAGCGUGCUCGUGUCGUUCUUCCUGCGAGGCAAUUCUCUCCCAGCCAGCUUAACAGCGUCUGCAAUGGCCACGUACAGCACAUCCAAAGGAGCGCCACGCGUUGUCAAGAGUGCGAUUGAGCUCCCACUGAAGCUUGUGGUCAAGCCCUGUGCACCGGUCAAGACAGCCACAUAUAAGAUCACCGUCGACAGCAACAGGAAUGCCGCCAAUCUGAACGAGGUCUUUCCAGACCUGCUUGGACCUAAUGCUGGAGGGCCGGGCCAAGCCCUUGGAUUCCAAAUCAUUGGCGGACCCAAGGUCACCAUUCUGGCAUCGAAGUCAUCUCAGCGUUACCGGCUUCAGUCUGAUGUAUUUGAGUCCAUGUGGGUAGUGCUGCGGUCAUUCAUAGACAGGAUCCAGUCCUUCCAGCGUCGUGGCGGUGCCAAGGAUUUCCAGCUGUCAUACAGUGGGAUUGUUCCCCUGACGGAGUACUUUGAACUCAUCGACACCCACUUGGAGCUGAGGAUAAAUGCCGAGCGAUACAAGGAGCUUCUAGACCAGAGAGCUCGUCAGUUCCGAGCCAUCCAGCGUCGGUUACUCACCAGAUUUAAAGACAAGACACCGUCGCCGCUGGCUAACCUGGAUACCCUCCUGGAUGGGACGUACAGACAGAUCUUGAAGUUAGCAGAUGGUGUGGAGGAGAACCACAAGGCAUUGGUCCGUUGCUCGCUGGGCCUUAGCUGUGCUACUCACAUCAUAGUCACCGUCAUCAAAUUGGCCCACAGCCUGACAGAUAAAGAGUUUGAUAUUCUCAAGUCCAGUCUCAUGCCACAUGUACCUUGUGACGGUGAACAGGGCUGGGAGGAGGCAGUGGACGCUGGCAUCAGCAACCUCCUCCGUACCUGCCUGGCCAAGAAGGCCCUGGACCAGGCCGUUAACCCCUCCCCCCUAACCAUGCCGGCCGACACCACCAAGCUCAAGAAGCACAUCACACAGCUGUGUGAGCGACUCAGUAAAGGGGUCAGACUGUACGUGGCCGGUCAAGCACCAGAGAAAAGGGUUGAGAAGAAUGAAGGAGUUGUUCGUCCAUCAUCAUCAACCUCACGAGACUUUAAUGUUGACUCAAAAACACCUGACCAAUCCAAGAGACUGGAUUUCCACAAGACCAGCCAGUCGUCAGGCACAGUUAUCCCUCAGCCCAACCCCAGCCCCGCCCCUCAUGCUGACCCCCAGCCGCUGCCCGUCAGCCUUCCCCCAGGGGUGGAUGAUCUCCCUAGCCCGGGACCAGAGACCAACGGUACCCUAGACAAGGAGGAGGUGCCCUCGCCUGGCAGUGGGUCCCUGUUGGGUGACCUACCUUCGCUGGGUGGGCCCGGGGUGAGAGGGACGUCAUUACCCCCACUGGGGGGACUUGGUGUGGAGCCUCCGUCCGCCUUACCCCAGCUCAAGCCAAUCAAGAAGAAGAAAAAGAAGAAAACCAAGAGCCCCCGCAGUGCCGAACCAGAACUGGAACCGGAUGACAACUUCUUUGGAGGCAGCGGUUCCCCGGAGCCCCUCUCUGUGAUGUAAGAAGGGUCUGAGGCUCAACUGCUUGUCCAUGUACUUUUACCAGUUUGGUUGGAACUGAAGACCUGGCAGAAUGCGGUUUUUAAUACCGAUCUCUACGUAGCACUUUUGACGAUUAAGACACAAAGAUAUCUUUGAUGUUACAUUUUUUGAAAGUACAAUCAUAAUUUCAAGCUGCAAAGUUCAAGAUCUUUUCUGAGAGUGUUGUGAUAGAACAAGGUGAUAUGCAAACAUCUAUGGGUGUUCAUUAUGUGAGCAACAGCACAUUUGUUGCACAUGUGGUAGAUUUUCAUGUGGGCCCUCAAAUGAACGGAGCAAAUUUUUGUAUUUAUUUCGUAAUGUUCCUCCAUCAGAUUUUUGUAAUCUUGAGGCACCCAACUAUUUGAUUGUUUCUGUGUGUGGUCUUUAAUCUCGGAUCGAAGUUCAUUCUAACAACUGUGAAAAAUCUUCAGUCGGUAAAAAUCAAGAAGGUGUGUGUUGUUUUAAAAGAAGAUAACGUUUAUGCAUAAGUCUAUGCAUGUGUAUAAAGGAAAUCAACAUUCUUGUGAUCAAAAUUGAUUGUACAUUGUUUGAUGCAAAUCACAUGGAUACCAUGUAUGAUAGAAAUGAAAUAUUCUGUAUAAAGUGGCUAUUUUCACGCUGCUUGUACAUAAUGAGUAACUGUAUUGUGUACUUGGAAAGUUUUGUUUUUCAUGGAAAUGAUACUUUGCAAAAAGUGUAUUCAUUGAACCAGACUUCACUGAAUAAGUGUUGUGUUGAUGAAUUAAUUAGUACAGUGGUAGUUACAGAUAAAAAUGUUUUAUUAGUUUUAAUGUUAUGGGUUACUUCCUGUGCUUGUGUCCAUAGUGUUGAUUUGAUCCAACACAGGGCAAUCUAGUUGCUCGGACCAAAAUUGUUUGCCAAAUAAAAUCGGGGGGGGGGGGGGAAGCUAGAGCGUUUUAAAUUUCACCUCCAAGCUUCUCAAAUGUGACUUAUUUUCUUUUGCUUAGCAUUUCUUUUCCGAGCUAAAAGAAGAUAUGAGCAUAGAAUAUUUGGAAUUCUAAUUGGUUCCGAGGUUCAGGUGACUCUUAGCAAAAGGGAGUGAGGAGGGGGUUAAUGCCGAAAUCCACUCCUCCCUCACCUCGCUUUUCUGUGUCAAGGCCAAAGAAACGGCUGAGGGGCAAAGACCGGGAAAGCAUAGCUUGAAAGAGGAUUGAUUUGUGUGAACCACUACCUUGUAAUAUAGUACUUGUGUUGAUCAGAUUGUAACUGUGCAAUUGUCUGUUCCGUCCACUCAAAAGGAAUGUUGUUUCAAUAUUUACAAGUUGACACUACUAAGAUACAAAUUUAAGUGCAUUAAUUAAGACCAGAUGAUCAUUCAUGUACAUGUAUUCAUGUUAGUUUAUUCUUUACUAUCAGGUGAUUACAGACCUUCUAGUGAGAACACAUUUUGCAUGAGAACUAUUAGUUUGUAAGGUAACAUCUGUUUUAGUGGGCUACAACAGCAUUAAAAUCUCAUAAGAUAUUGUCCUAUACAGAUGCCUACCAGGUGAUAUCACAUGCCUUUUGAUCCUACCCCUAGGGUAAUACAUAUCCAAGCAGGUGGGGGUGUAGACAUUAUUGGCAACUUUACACAGAUAAGAAAACUGUCCUUAUACAUCUGUCACUGAAGAGAGUUCAUUUUUCAGAAUGUGUUAUUACGUAAACAUUAACCCUAACAGUUCUCAAUCCUCCAAUUGCAGUAUGAUUUUGCACACAUCCUAGGGAGUUAGGGUUAAGCCUUGGAAAGACGGGCAGUUGGUAAGCUGGUGUAAAUGCUUAAGUUUUAUUCUUGAGAAUGGUAUUAUUCAGAGGUAACUGUAUUCAAAUCGUUUAUUUUUGACAUCUUUGCCAUAGCGUGUCGAUGUCUUUUUCAGUCAUUUGAUAUCGGCAUUACCAGAACUAUUUGAUCAUUUCAGGUUUUUUUCUUGACUUUUUAAAGGGGUUGUCAUUGGUUCUUGCUACAUUAUAGGCACCUAUCAUUUUAUCCUCGGAAGUAUCAGCUAAUGCCUCUUUCCAGUAGUCGGACUUUAUUGCAUGGAUUAAAUCUAUCUUGGGUAAUUUUUUUAGGAACCAUUGUCAAGAUGUUUAACUUGUGUGCAGAACUUAAGUAUUUUGAGAGUAAACAACACUUUGAAAAUAAAUACCAUACAUAAGAUGCAAAUGUG